UCCCUUUAACCUUCCCUCUCUCACUUCACAUCUGGAAGGGGUUCUACUGCAGAUCUGUGACUCCUCGCCUGCUAUGGGACAGCCUCAGCUUGGACCAGAUAUCACGCUUCGGUUCUUUUCAGCAAAUGUUGGUCAGAGGGGGUAAAGUAGCGUAGUAACUCUGCUGCAUGAUUUGCGGUUGGCUGUUAUGUAGGACAGAGCUCGCACUGAGUUUCCAGAGUCAAGGACAUAUCAACAGUAGACAUGGACUUUCCAAAGCAUUCCAUCCUGCAGGCCUUCAGUGUGAUGCUCUUGGUGUGGAUGCUGGUACGUUGCCAGACCCCAGUGGAACCUGAGGAAGAAGAAGAGGAAGAGGCAGUAAAGGAAGCUGACACUGCAACACUGGUAACAACUGAAUGCCCUUCAGAAUGCAGCUGCACAACAGACGGAACAGUGGACUGUGCAGGAGUUGACCUGACAGAGUUCCCCGAAGAGCUGCCUAAUAAGAUCCGUCGACUUUCUCUACAGAACAACAAAAUCAAGGAAAUAACAGUGGAGCACAUUUCCCAUCUGCAUCAACUCGAGACUCUCAACCUCCAAAACAACUGGCUCACCACAGACGGCCUUGAAGAUGAAGGCUUUGAAAUGCUUGAAGAGCUGGCUUAUUUGUACCUGGCUAACAACAAGCUCUCCUCUGCACCAAGAGUUCUGCCGCCAUCUUUGGUCAGCGCUGAUUUUGCUGCUAAUCAGCUCUCCAGGAUCUACCCAUACACAUUUGGUCAUAAACCAAAACUAAGGUCUGUGUAUCUCCAUAACAACAAGCUGACAGAUGAAGGACUUCCCAAUAACAUGUUCAAUGCUUCUGACACGCUGGAGAUCCUCACCAUAUCCAGCAACUUCCUGAGGGUCGUUCCCAGCAAUCUGCCGUCCAGUCUUCUCCGACUUCAUCUGAAGAGUAACCGGCUGGAGAAAAUCCCAGCAGGGGCCUUUGAGGAUUUGCGCAACCUUCGAGAACUUUAUCUCCAGAACAACCUCCUCACCAAUGAUGGGAUGGACAACGAGACUUUCAGCCAGCUGAGUAACCUCGAGUAUCUUGACUUGUCAAAUAACAACCUGAGUGUUGUUCCUAUGGGUUUGCCUCGCAACCUGGUGCUGCUGCACCUGGAGAAGAACGCCAUCCGCAGCAUUCCUGGAGACGCGCUCAUCUCUGUGCGGAACAUUGAAUACCUGCUACUUCACAAUAACAAGCUGCGCUCCCGCUCUAUACACCCAAUGGCCUUCCAGGGCUUGAAGAAGUUGCACACACUUCAUUUGUAUAAUAACUUGCUGGAACGAGUUCCCAGAGGCUUACCUCGGCGAGCCAAGACUCUCAUGCUGCUCCACAACUUUGUUUCUGAAAUUGGCCGCAAUGACUUGUCCUUGCUGUAUACCCUGACUGAGCUCAAUCUCAGCUACAACAAACUGACCAACACCAAGAUUCACCGUGACGCCUUCAGAAAGCUGCGCAUACUGGAAACUCUGGACCUGUCUGGAAAUGCCCUUCAUGCCAUUCCCCUGGGCCUUCCGCACAGUCUGAAGGUUCUGGAGAUCAAGAACAACCAGCUCAGUGCUAUACCAUAUGGAGCCCUGGCAGGAAUGCAGAAGCUACAGAAGUUGAUCCUCAGUGACAACAAACUAAAACUCAACUCAGCCUACCAAGGAGCUUGGAUGGAGCUCAGUGCUCUCACAACACUAGACCUUUCUGGUAACCAGCUAACACACAUCCCAUCAGACCUUCCUGAGUCUCUGGAGUAUCUUUACCUGCAAAGCAACCGGAUCUCCAGUGUUCCUGCUUCAGCGUUUGAAGGCACUCCAAACAUUAAAGGCAUCUUCCUUCGGUUUAACCGGCUGUCGGUGGACUCUGUAGACGAGAGCUCCUUCGCCCACCUCGUCAACUUGCAGGUGCUGGACUUUGGGACGGGAAACACAGAGCUGUCCUCAAAAACAGAUGAGAAAGAAGUUGGAGAGGUGAUGGAGCAGGAAACAUAGAGCACUGGGCUGCAUGUUUCAGAAAACAGAACAGACUCUUAAAUGGGACGAAACCUGUGUAUUGCUUUUGUUUUUUUUUUUAUAUCUCCAUCUUUAAAUCAUGCUGAGAUGCAGAGCCACAUAUUUCUGGUGCAGGAUACCGGAUGGAAGUUCAUUUUGUUCAAACUGAACUUUAAAAUUUGCUUUUGAUUGUUCAUAUGCAAUCUUUAUCUUUAAAGAAAAACUAUAAAAAGAAAAGAAAGAAGGAAUCUCUCAUAUAUGCAUCUGAACACCAACCUGGAAAGAAAUAUGAAAAAGGACAAAGUCACUUCCAGUAUUCCUCUUCAUUUUUAUGUCAUUUUGAAAAUGGCUGCCCUGUCAGCAAUAUUACCAAUGCAAUCUACUUGGAUUUGUUGAAGCAAAUAUAGCAACCAAAGCACUCAUUUUGUUAUUAAAACCACAAAAACAUUUGAAUCAAACAUAGAAAUCAGGGACAUAAUUCCAUGUUACUGUUCCUGGAUAUUUAUAGGCCAACACAAGCCUAACAAAAUUUGUUUUUAUGUUAUUAUUCAGCAAUGUAACAAAAUCCAAAGGUUUUAAGUUAUUUUAAGCCAGAGUAGUAAUAAAAAAACAACUACAGAGUAAGAUUUUUGUGGUUGAGCAGCAGCCGACCUGAAAUGGACUUAUAGACUUGAUCUUUCUCCCAGUCAAAAGUUGUGUGAUCAUAAAGUAUGACAAAUGUUCUCA